CUCCAGCCUGGGUGACAAGCCAGACCCUGUCUCAAAAAAACAAGAAAAAAAAAAAGUUGAAACAGAUUGGUCUGGUGCAGCAACAAGUUAUGGCCCAGGGCACUAGAAAGAGAGCCCCUAUGAUAUCUUCUACCUUAACCACAAGGUUGCCCAGAUGUCCAGAGAUGGAUCCUGGACACAGGCUAAGGGACUCUGUCACCCAGAAGCAGCCUCCUAGAGCCGGGGAUCUUCAGAGGUUUGGUUAGACUCUUAGUUACCAUAGCCUCCCAGUAAGUUGAAGGCUCAGGGGACUGAAGUUGAUUCCUCAGGGAGAAGCUCCUUGGCACUUUAAGGUGCAUUCAAUCCUCUUUGUGACCUUCCUGCACUGAGGUUGACCCCUCAAAAGGCUGCCUGUACUCGUGGCCUAAAAGUCCAUUGCUAGGCCUUAUGCAGCGCUGAUAGGAAGAGCUCGCUCCGAGGAGGUGUUGGGCCCAUUCAAAGGAGGGAACGCCUUUACUCCUGCAUGCCCAGAUGAAUUAAGCAUGCAGCUACAGGGGAAACCUAAGUGCUCAGACCGAGAAGAGGGGCUGAAUUAACUUUCUCCUGGAGGAGGAAAAAGUUUUUUCCAAAAAACUCCCAUUUCGCUGGCGUUGAGGGAGCCUACACCAGCGGCCCUUUCAGGAGGCUGCGCGGCUGCUUAGUUCCUCCGCCUUCCCAGAAGCCUCUGCGCGGCUUCGCAGAGAUAAAAAGGCGGGAGCGGGGCUGGCGGCUGUAGUUCUGGGGAUUUUGUUUUAGCCGGAUAAGUUGCUGUGGGGCUGCUCCGCGGGCCUAGCCUGGACGCCGACUCCCUGGGAUUUAGCCCAGAUCCUCUGGAAGGCAGGCCAUUGAGGGUCCAGAGACGCCCAAGGCCUGGGGGAAGGGUGGGAUAUCAAUGUGGUCGCUACGGGUGUAUACCCGCAAAAAGCGGGCGGGUCAAAGGCUCAAUCUCACCCCGACGCCAGACCUAGGCUCUCCCGCGAAGGCAGAGUCCCCACCAGGUUCGAAGAGAAAAGGCGAGGCGCACGGGUUGCCUAAGAUUGCAGAGAAAACAGAGCGGAGCAGCCGGGGAGGUAGCAGCUCUGGGCCGCCCAGCCCUCGUUUAAGAGUUACAGGAGAGAAAAGCCUACAAGAAAAUAGGUCUAGUGAAGACACCCAGGAUGAGAAGAUUGCACCGUUGAGUGAAUCAGUUACUGAUACCCUCCAGGUUGAUAGUAGUUCACCAAAUAGCGAACUAGUAUCAGGAUUAAAUUUGCAGCAUGAUAUAGCCAGUUCUCAUCGGAACUAUUCAAUCACAGACUCUUAUACAGAAUACGAGAGUUUUGAAGAGAACUUCCCAUCACCUGAACUGUUCAGAAAAUCAGAUUAUUUAGAUUGGGAGUGUUCCAAAUUAGAAGAACACAUGCAGUGGAAAAAUUCUACUCUUCUGGAUACCAGUAAAGCAGUAGCAAUAGAGAAGGCACCACAGUUUUCAAAUGUCUCUGCAAUUUUAAGUACCUCUUCAGAAGACUAUCAGAAGUGCCAUAGAAAAACAGUGAUGACAGUAGAAGAUAAAAAUAUUUCUCCAAAAGCAAAGUGUGCUUCAAAUUCAGAAUCAGAUAAUGCAGCUUGUGAGAUUUUGCUUGCUGAGAAAACUUGCCCUUCAACUCCUGAAAAAACAAAGAAAAAAAAAACAAAUUCUAGUACUUCUGAUAAGAAAAAGAGAGGCCUUUUAACAAGUACUCCAUCUUCAGAGACAACUGGUUUUGUGGUUGAUUUGUCUUCAGUGCAAAAAGCAUCUUGUGAAGAACUGUUCCCAAAUGUCAGCAAUUAUGUUAAUUCAAAUGAAAUUGUUCCUAUGUUAAGUUUGCGGGAAAAUUCUUCAAAUGAGUUUCCUGCAAAUACAUCAGAAAUAUGUUGUAUUAUUAGAGCAUCACCAGGAACAAGAAAAGUGAAAAAUAAAGGUGUUAUUGCAAAGAAGAAGAAAUAUUCCUUUCCUAAGGAUAUCCCUCAAGGAGGUGCCAGAGGCAACACCUUAUUCCUCACCUUAAUAGGGAUGUCCCUCAUACUACUGGACCCCUGGAAAUUACAAAGAUGGAAGGCCUUUGGUGACCCACCAAUUCCAUUUAUAUCAUAAUAAAAAUGGCAUGAAAAAACAGCUGUGGCUGAAUUUUCACUACUUUGAAGAUAGGAAUGUGAAGUCAAAGUCUGUAAAGCAGAAUGUCUGCCUGAAAUUUUAUGAAAUUAAAAAUUCUCUAGUUAUUUGUGAUA